AUGAGUAGCACCUUAGCCAAGAUCGCGGAGAUCGAAGCCGAGAUGGCUCGAACUCAAAGGAACAAGGCCACAGCACACCACCUAGGGCUGCUUAAGGCUCGGCUUGCUAAGCUUCGCAGAGAGCUCAUUACCCCAAAAGGAGGUGGUGGUGGUGGGCCAGGAGAAGGUUUUGACGUGGCCAAGACAGGUGAUGCUCGAAUUGGAUUUGUGGGUUUUCCAUCUGUGGGGAAGUCAACACUGCUAAGUAAUCUGGCAGGGGUAUAUUCUGAGGUGGCAGCCUAUGAAUUCACUACUCUGACCACAGUGCCUGGUGUCAUCAGAUACAAAGGUGCCAAGAUCCAGCUGCUGGACCUCCCGGGUAUCAUUGAGGGUGCCAAGGACGGCAAAGGUAGAGGCCGCCAGGUCAUCGCAGUGGCCCGAACCUGUAACUUGAUCCUGAUUGUUCUGGAUGUCCUGAAACCCUUGGGACAUAAGAAGAUAAUCGAAAACGAGCUAGAAGGCUUUGGCAUUCGAUUGAACAGCAAAUCCCCCAACAUCGGCUUUAAGAAGAAAGACAAGGGCGGCAUUAAUCUCACGGCCACUUGCCCUCAGAGUGAGCUGGAUGCUGAAACCGUGAAGAGCAUUCUGGCUGAAUACAAAAUUCAUAAUGCUGACGUGACUCUGCGUAGUGAUGCCACGGCUGAUGACCUCAUUGAUGUGGUGGAAGGGAACAGAGUGUAUAUCCCCUGUAUCUAUGUGUUAAAUAAGAUUGAUCAGAUCUCCAUUGAAGAAUUGGAUAUCAUCUAUAAGGUGCCUCACUGCGUUCCCAUCUCUGCUCACCACCGCUGGAAUUUUGAUGACCUUUUGGAAAAAAUCUGGGACUAUCUGAAACUAGUGAGGAUUUACACCAAACCCAAAGGCCAGUUACCAGACUACACGUCCCCGGUCGUACUGCCCGACUCUAGGACCACGGUGGAGGAUUUCUGCAUGAAGAUCCACAAAAAUCUUAUCAAAGAAUUUAAAUAUGCUCUGGUCUGGGGUCUCUCUGUGAAACACAAUCCUCAGAAAGUGGGUAAAGAUCACACGUUGGAGGACGAGGAUGUCAUUCAGAUCGUGAAGAAGUGAAAGCUUCCCUUUUCCCCACUGCCGGGCCUACGCGGCAGCAACGUUCCCCACGACCAAGCACCUUCCCCUAAACCCCGUCUCAGCUUUGGCAGCUGUCGGAUUAGGAUUCAGGGGAGGGAGAUGGAAACACCCAAACUGGAACUUCACUUACCUUGGUGUUACACACCCUGUAUGUUGAACUGCAUAAAGGAUCUGGUCUGAUGGCCGGCUACGUGCA